AUGUCAAAGCGUGUCCGAAGUGAGCGGCGAGAGCCGCUCUACUUCGCCCUGAUGCCUUGUACAGAUGACAUGGGCCGCACGCUCGAAAAAAGGUCUAGGCAGCUGUGUUCACCAUGUCAAUGGGUAUUUCUGUCGUCAGCCUCCGUCGGCGUCACUGGUGAAGAAAGUGAUCCAUCAAAGCCCAUGAGCCAUGUGAACACAGUGGCAGGGGAAGAUGCAGCACCUUCCGGCGAAGUGCCAGAGUCGGAAGAUGAGCUGCUCCAUGAAUGCGAUGUUUACUUGAAUCGAAUGUACGACCCUCCUGACUUUGUCGGCGAUAUGUAUGUUCUGCAGUAUCCCCUGAGACCCAGCUACAGACCUUACGGGGAUCAAGGGGUGCUGGACAAAGUCGAGCUAAAGCCGAAGUCUCGCCGUCUCAGAUUUGCAUACAAGCUGCAUCAAAACGAUCACUAUGCGGAAGAGGACGUCAUGCAGGAAAAGUACGAGCAGCGGCAUACGCUGAACUCCACUGUCGUAGCAAAUCCUGCAUGCAGCUAUGCUGUGGGCGUCAUCCGUCAGGGCCGGAUGACACUGACACCUAUCCGGGCAGUGAACCAGUUGCGGCCAGACUUCGAAGACUUCGAGAAGCUGAAGAAGACCGCUGAUCGGGCGCCCGGACCCCCUGGGGUCGCAGAUGGACCCGAAGGGGCCGCCCGCGCGGCGAGGGCAUCCGACAGCGAGGAAGAGCCAGGUCCCAUGGAGCCAGUGGAGGCUCCAAUGGCUCCAGUUCGGGUGGAGUACCUCAGCGGCAAGGGUGCGCAGGCAGAUGCACAGAUGGCAGCCAAAGCAGCUGACACGGAAGACGCAUGGAAGAGGCUCGACUUCUUCGAUUCAAGUUCUCCAGAAUCUGCGGACAUCUACCUGCAACACAUCGUCUUCGCUGCUACCGAGGCAGCGGAGGCCGACAUGGAAGGCUCUGCACCAGAGCACCCGAAACUUCAACCGCUUGAGCUCGACGGUGACAACGUCUCUUUUCUGAAAUCCAUGUGUGGGCAUGCGGAGGAGCGCAAUCGACUUCGGCAAUUGCGCCAGAAGGCUUCCUUGAAUCAGGAUGGGUUAAGUUCGUACGUCCUUAGCAAGAUGCCAGCCGAGAGGCAAGUGGAGGCAAUUGUGAGGCACUUCGGAGUGGCUUCCUAUGCCCAUCACGUGCGCAAGAGACUGCCGCAGGGCACUCUUCGAAGCAUUGGCUCAGAUGUAGCGCUCAUUACAAUGCUACAAGACUGCGCAGUUCUGGUUUGUGGAAACUGGGUCUUGAAAUCCAAGCUGGCGAACUUCGAGGGUAUGGAGGCGAAUGCCAGGGACCUGCUGCUUUCCAUCCUCAACAAGAGGGCAGGGAGGCUACUACCUGCAGAUGUUUCAAAGUGGAGCAGUGUCUUCCAGCAGACAGUUGCAGCAGAUGCGCUCCGAGAGAUAGUUCGCAGUGUGCUGCAAGAGUCCGAGGACAAGCAGUACUGGAAGAUGAAGGCCGAACCCGAUCAGGACUUCAUACAUCGAUACUCCGAGCUUGUGAGAGAGUCUGAUGACUGGCUCGAGUCUCGUCGCGCGGAAGUGAUCAAGGCCGGCAAAGAGAGCUCUGGGGGUGCCACCGGGAGCAGGCUUCAGGCCUCAGCUGGAGCAAGUUCCAGGAUGCGUGCCCGACUGCUGCCGGAGGCACGCGAGGCACUCCUAUCAGGGCCCAAGACCACGGAGGAGUUGAAAAGGCUUAUCCAACGAAAGCAUCCAACGGAGGAGAUCCGAGAGGAAGACUUGCUGGGUGUCCUUUCCAUGGAGGAGCUGGAUGCGCUCCAGGUCCGUGGUGUUUGGGUCCUUGCUCGCACUGGCACAGAGUCGCACGACAAGUUCCGCAAGACCCUGCUCUCGCUCUUCCGCCAUCGCGACUCUGUCACUCGACAGGAGGUGAUGGAAGAGUAUCAGCAGACCUAUGGCGAAAGGUGCAAGUUGAGCGACUAUGUUGUGCGGCAGCAACUGCGAGAAAUUGCUGAAAAAGUGGAAGAUGGACCUCAAACCGUCUACAUAGUGAAGGGUGCUCUUCAGACCCGGUGA